AUGCAGGAAUCAGUGGAUUUAGAAGAUCCCAGUGCGGAUUCGUUGGCAGAUCCAGCUACUGUUAAUGUUGAUGAUACCGAUAUGGAAGUUGAUGAUAAUGAUGCUUCGGCUGCGGCAGAUGACGGGGUAGAAGAUUCUGGUGUUGUUGGCUCAAAAAUCGCCGAAAAUAGUGCUGAUAAUGAAGAGAUACGAAGAAUCCCGAAAUCUGGUCGUUGGUGGAAGUCGGUACGUAAGGAAAGGUGA